UCAUCUUCAUCAUGCGCUGGUUCGAGGGCUCGAUCCCGGCGGCCAUCGCGGCAGCGCAAGAGCGCAGAUGCGUGUUUGUGGUGGUGAUCACAGGGAGUGAUGAUCAGUCCACUCAGCUGGUGUGUAGUUGGGAGACAGACAGUGUGUGUGAAGCGGCUCAGGACUGCUGUGUGGCUAUUCGAGUGGACGCUGAGAGUGAAGCGUGUGUCCAGUUCUCACAGAUCUAUCCGGUGGUGUGCGUCCCGUCCAGCUUCUUCAUCGGAGAGAGCGGUGUUCCUCUGGAGGUGAUCGCAGGCAGCGUGACGGAGGACGAGCUCCAGCACAGGAUCAGCAGAGUCACGCAGAUGCACACGCAGCAGAUGAGCGCAGAGCGAGCCAAUCAGACGCCCGUCUCAGAGCCGCAGUCUAAAGAAUCCCUGUGUGUGCCGAUGGAGGAAGACGGAGCGUCAGGUCACAUGACUCCAGCUGAAGAUGAGGCUCUGGAUACCAAAGUGGACAGGAUCACAAAGAAGCUGGAGGAAAGACGUGAGCAGAAGAAGCAAGCAGAAGAAGAGGUGCAGCUGAAGAAGGAGGUGGAGAGGCGUAAGACGGGGAAGGAGAUGCUGGACUUCAAGAAGAAGCAGGAGGAGGAGAAAACCAAGCGUCUGCUGGAGGAGAGGAGUCGAGAGAAGGCCGAGGAGCGAGCGGCUAGAGAGCGGAUCAAGCAGCAGAUCGCUCUGGACCGCGCAGACAGAGCGGCGCGUUACGCUCAGACUCAGCUGGACGCAGAGACGGCUCGGAUCGCAGCGCUGCAGGCCAGAGCCACAGAACAGGAGGCGCGGAGAGACGCUGCGCAGCGAGAGAGGAGUGCGUUUGCCAGGAUUCAGUUCCGUCUGCCUGACGGCUCGUCCUUCACAAACCAGUUCCCGUCACAGACGUGUCUGCAGGAGGCCCGGCAGUUCGCCGCUCAGGAGGUGGGGAACCGAUACGGUCAGUUCUCUCUGGCCACCAUGUUCCCCCGGAGAGAGUUCACAGCUGAAGAUCUGCAGAAAUCACUGCUGGAGCUGGAACUGACCCCCAGUGCCUCCAUCGUGCUUCUUCCUCAGUCCAGCAGUGCUGUGGUGCGCUCGUCUGCGUCCGGAGGCGUCUGGGCGGCGCUGGGGUCACUGCUGUACCCGCUGCUGUCCGUCUGGAGGUUCAUCAGCGGAUUCCUGUUCAGCAGCGCUCCUCCUGCUCCUGCUCCUGCUCCUGCUCCUGCUCCACCCACUGCCCAGAACGCAUUCGGCUCCGGCGCCGCCGCAGAACCAAAGAGAGAUGCGGUUCGUAAGAGGGUUCUUGAGAAGAGGCCUGAGGACUUCAAGAAAGAUGGGAAAAUAUACCGGCUACGGACUCAAGAAGACAACGAGGACGACAACAACACGUGGAAUGGGAACUCCACGCAGCAGAUGUAGCGUGGCCAGCUUCUGUGCUUUGAGUGUGUGUCAGUCUUAACGGUGGGUUGAUCAUUUAGGGCUGAUUUCCUCCCCUUCCCUCCGGCUCCACCGCAUGGGUAAAUCAGAUCAGGUUAGCUAACUCGCUUUAACAGACACUUCAGCCAGGACAACUCCAGGCUGGAGAAACACAGGUUCCAGGCUUUGAUGCAUCUGUUAUCGCCAGCAUUGAUUUAAUACAGUGACCGCCGCUGUGAAUGCAGUCUGUUGUGAAUAUCCGAGGGUUUGUGGUGUUUUAUAUGGUGGUUUAACCCCACAGCGUCAUAAACCGCCUCGGCAACAGAAUGUCUUUCUACUAGUUUGAGCACAGAUGCUACUUGAUCCUUUAACGAUAGAAUAAAAUGUUUUUCAACGAAACGCUUCGACUGCAGUCAUUCUUCUCUUUUGAUUUUGUGCUUCUGUUUAAUCUUCUAGAACUGUCUGUGUGUUUUCAUUAAUGCGUACAAAUUUAUUAAUCAUGUGACAAUCGUUUGCAAAAA